GAUAGACAAUUCUCGUGAGACAGCUUCUUCUCAAAUUCGACCUCUCAGGAUUCUCUCGGAUCGCGAAAUGCCAUCGAUUCUGGACCAGAGCAGCAAUUCUUCGUCGCCGUCGCCCCCGCCUUUGCCAGUCCCCAUCGUCGUCCCCACAGCUCAAGAUCAGAACACUACUUCCCCCGACUUCAGCCCUAUCUGCCCCGGCUUCUUCUAUGAUGCCGUCCUGGUUGUCCCCGCCGUCCUGUUCGUGCUCUUUUUGGCGUUCCAUGCAAAGAAGAACUUGAAGAAGCUGUGCAAUGGGCGGUCUCAUGUUAUGGUAUCCUAUUACGCCCUCCUCUGGGUCGUCUCCCUGCUCAACCUCGCUUGGUGCUCGCUUCAGGCUUGGCAAUGCUCUCCUGGAAGCGAGACUGGCUGGAACAUCUUAUCGCUGUUUACCAAAUCGGGGCUGCUGUGUAUGGAGAUCAGCUUGGUAGCUUUUCUGCUACAAGGAAAUUAUGCUAACGGAUUGGAAGCUUUGUCACGGACUUUCCUGGUCACGGGGAUCAUUGUUGGUGUCGAUAUUCUUCUGAAGGUUGUUUAUGUAUUUGGCUUCCGGGUGCCGCUGUUCUUCGAUGUUGGAAGUGCGCAUAGAGUUAAAUGGGCAUUGUGGAGCAUCCAUGAAAUAGUUAUCACUGCAGUUUAUUCCUUUGUGUUGUUCAUAAGAUUCUCAAAAUGGGCCGAGGAGUUGCCUCCCAGACCAGCAUUCUACAGAUACAUCGUUGUGAUGUUUGUCAUCAAUUCAAUUGCUUUACUAGCUUGUAUGCUUGCUGGAAUUGGAGCUGGCUUUGGCACUUGGUUGUUCAGUUUGAUAGUGAUCUGCUAUCAUGCGCUCUAUCUCCCCUUUCUCUAUGUGAUUUUUCUUGCCGACUUUUUCAAGGAGGAAGAUUUCCUUCUGGACAACGCAUACUACUCGGAAAUGAAGGAUGCAGGGUUCUUUGAUGCUGAUUGGGAUUAAUAGCGAUGCUCGAAUUUCCAUAGACGUAUACACUGUAGAUUAAUGUACAUUAUUCAGGCGCAAGAACAAUGGAAAGGAGAACGGGACACGAAAAUUGUAGAGGGAAUUGAGAUGUAGGUGUGCAGAAUUUUUUUUCCUUCAUAUGUGUUGAAGUCUCAUCAUGAAUUCUUUGCCAAA